AUGCGAUGGUUUCUUGAAAGUCAAACAAAUCCACAAAUUCUCAUUUCUAAUAUUGCAUGUAACGGUGUGGCAAUAGACAAAGGUGGGUCUAUUUAUGUUUCUGAUUGGAUGAAGUCUGAAGUGAGACCAUGGAAAGAAGGAGACACAGAUGGAACACUAGUUGCUGGUGGCAAUGGCAGAGGAGAUCUUCGAAAUCAACUCAGUAUUCCUUACGAUCUCUUCGUCGAUGAAGAUUAUUCUGUUUAUGUAGCCGAUGCUAUGAAUCAUCGCGCAAUGAAAUGGAAAAAGGAUGCAAAAGAAGGAAUUAUUGUUGCUGGUGGAAAUGGACAAGGAAAUGCUCUCGGCCAAUUAGAUUAUCCUAGUGGACUGGUUGUUGAUAAUUUGGGUCAAAUAGUUAUUGCAGACUCUUCUAAUGAUCGAGUAAUGCAAUGGUUCGAGGGAGAUACAAAAGGCUCAAUUGUUGUUGGUGGAAAUGGUCAAGGAGAAGAAUCAAAUCAGUUAUAUUAUCCCACAGAUGUGUCAUUUGAUGUUGAAGGAAAUCUAUAUGUUGCUGACUCUGGUAAUCAUCGAAUUCAAAAAUAUGAACGAUAUAUUGAAUAA